CGCUUCCUCGCGUAGUGCGAGCGCCCGAGGCCGGCUCCGGGGAUGUAAGAGGAAAAGCCUUCGGCUGCUGGGAAUCCGCUCGGGAUCUGCCAGCCGGGGCCGGGUUCCAGCUCGUCAGUUCGGGAGGCGCCCAGGCUUGGCUUCCCCGCGUGCCCAGAAAGAUGAAUCCGUCCUCGGUGCCCCAUCCGCUCCCGCCGCCAGGGCAACAAGUCAUCCACGUCACGCAGGACCUCGACACGGACCUCGAAGCCCUCUUCAACUCUGUCAUGAAUCCCAAGCCCAGCUCGUGGCGGAAAAAGAUCCUCCCGGAGUCCUUCUUUAAGGAGCCCGAUUCCGGCUCGCACUCGCGCCAGUCCAGCACCGACUCAUCGGGCGGCCACCCCGGGCCUCGACUAGCUGGCGGCGCGCAGCACGUCCGCUCGCACUCGUCGCCCGCAUCCCUGCAGCUAGGCACCGGUGCGGGCGCCGCUGGAGGCCCUGCACAGCAGCAUGCACAUCUCCGCCAGCAGUCCUAUGACGUGACCGACGAGCUGCCGUUGCCCCCCGGGUGGGAGAUGACCUUCACGGCCACUGGCCAGAGAUAUUUCCUUAAUCACAUAGAAAAAAUCACCACAUGGCAAGACCCUAGGAAGGUGAUGAAUCAGCCUCUGAAUCAUGUGAACCUCCACCCCACCAUCACUUCCACAUCGGUGCCACAGAGGUCCAUGGCAGUGUCCCAGCCCAAUCUUGCGAUGAAUCACCAACACCAGCAAGUCGUGGCCACUAGCCUGAGUCCACAGAACCACCCGGCUCAGAACCCACCCACGGGGCUCAUGAGUGUGCCCAAUGCACUCACCACGCAGCAGCAGCAGCAGCAGAAACUGCGGCUUCAGAGGAUCCAGAUGGAGAGAGAGAGGAUCAGGAUGCGUCAAGAGGAGCUCAUGAGGCAGGAAGCUGCUCUCUGCCGACAGCUCCCCAUGGAAACCGAGACCAUGGCCCCUGUCAACACGCCUGCCAUGAACACAGAUAUGAGAUCUGUCACCAACAGUAGCUCAGAUCCUUUCCUCAAUGGAGGGCCCUAUCAUUCACGGGAGCAGAGCACAGACAGCGGCCUGGGGUUAGGAUGUUACAGUGUCCCUACAACUCCAGAAGACUUCCUCAGCAACAUGGAUGAGAUGGACACAGGUGAAAAUUCGGGUCAGACACCCAUGACCGUCAAUCCCCAGCAGACCCGCUUCCCUGAUUUCCUGGACUGCCUCCCAGGAACAAAUGUUGACCUCGGGACUUUGGAGUCUGAAGAUCUGAUCCCCCUCUUCAAUGAUGUAGAGUCUGCUCUGAACAAAAGCGAGCCCUUCCUCACCUGGCUGUAGUGUGAUGCCGCCGUGAGCUGACGUGUCCUGGGCCUUGUGGACCAAGUGCUGGAGCGGAGCGGGCCUGCAGCUGCACCGCGGUCUGCCCUCGUACUCACACUCCUUGUCCAUGUGGCCGCUUAAUCAUUGCCUGGUUUUGAUUUGCAGGAACUUACGUUACACACAAAUAAAUAUUCUCUUUUCAUUUUC